AUGCCCGUCCCAACACAACUCGGUCAGUUCUCUUACGUUCCUGAAACAAAGGAAAAUUUGGACUGGGCCGAUCUCUUGACCGUCGACCUUUCUCUCAUCAACACGCCCGAGGGAAAGAAGAAGCUCGCUCAGACAUUGCUUGAGGGUGUCCGUGAGAAAGGAUUCUUCUACGUGAAGAACUUCAACAUCUCUCAAGAGCGCGUCGACCGCCAAUUCGCGAUCGGUAAACACUUCUACGAGCUCCCACUUGAGGAGAAACUGAAAUAUGUACCCGAUCUUGCCGCUGGCCAGUUCAACGGCUACGUCCCUGCCGGUCGUCGCGUCGUCGACCCUGAGACAGGUCUGAAGGAUCGGGUUGAGAUCUACAACAUCCCCAAGUUCAAUGGGUUCUUCCCCCAUAACCAUCCGGCACCUGUCGCAGACCACAUCGAGGAAAUCGAGGAGUUCGCAAGGGCUCUGCACUCCGAGGUUCUCGAUCCACUCUUCGUUCUCCUCGCUGUUGCUCUCGAACUUCCGGAAGACUUCUUCACGAACCUGCACCAGUACCCCAAGAAGAGCGAGGAUCACCUCCGCUACAUGAAGUACUCCAAAUACACUCCGGAGGAAACGGCCAGACUGAAGACAUGGACUCAGGGUCACACUGAUCUCGGCAGUUUCACGCUGCUUUUCAGACAACCGGUGGCAGCACUCCAGAUCCGUGACCAUAAAACCAACGAGUGGAAAUGGGCAAAGCCACAGGAUGGAACGCUCACUGUCAACGCAUGCGACGCCCUGACAUUCUUAACCGCUGGCUAUGUCAAGAGCACGAUUCAUCGUGUCACAGUGCCGCCGAAGGAUCAGCAACACGUCGACAGGCUCGGGUUGUUGUACUUCUCUCGUCCACACAACGAUGUGCCGCUCGCUACGAUCAAGUCACCCCUCCUUGAGCGCGAAGGCUACACUCAGAACGAUUAUGAGAAGACCGGCAACCCUGUCCCAACCAUGGAAGAAUGGACAUUUGCGAAGCAGAAAUGGCAACGCCAACCGAAGGUGGUUGGCGACAAAAGCCACGAAACCGCGCAAAUUCUUCCGGGUUACAAUGAGAAGGUGUAUGCUUAA